AUCAGACAUCCACACAUAGCCAGGCGAUGGCCACAUCAGCGCGACAUUUAUGUCGCUCCUUACUACAGGUCUCUCAUCACUUGCCUGUCAAACGGAAAGGGCCGCAGGCAUGCCUGCACGGGCCAAAGUGGUCAUGCAAAGUUCCUCCAUUCCGACAACUAUCAUCAACGACGUUCCGCAGAGCUGCAAACGAUCCCACCGACGGGCAGUCAGGUAAUCCCACAUCUCUUCAGGAUGAUUCAAGCCCCCGAGGCGAGAACGAGAACGCGGCAGCAGCACAGCCCGGUAAAAAAGCACAAGACAAUGGAAUGGUAGACGAGUUGGAAGAGCUCCUCUUUGACACCACGCCUCCACCAAUCCGGAUGUACGAAACACCGAAUAGCCCAGCCAGCGCCGAAGACCUCACCGAGGACGAACUUGCCCUGAUGAAAGAAUUGGCCAAGGACGCACCCCAAGAAUUUCGCGGCGACCCGGUCGGACUCUACAACCAUCUCCUUGCUGAGGCGGAGUCGAUGGAGACGGAGGAGGGAAUGGACAAGUCGGUGCUUGACGAUUUCGAACGCGAGUUCUCACUGGGAAUGGACGAUCUCGACAUAGGGGUUGAUAGAUUGGACCGAAGAAGUAUAGGGUGGCAUGCACGCGAUGAAGACGACGAAUUUGCUCAGACCGAGGAUGCGGACGACGAGCAUGAUGAUUCAGACAUCACAUCUGUUGCCCACAGUGAAUUGGAAGUUCAUCGAGAAAUCAGAGAGUAUACCCGGGUGACGGCCUGGGAUAUGCCAUUACUACAAAACUUUGUCAAACCCUUUGAACCACCGACCGAAAAACAGCCCUUGCGAUUUCGCUAUACAACAUACCUAGGCGAGACUCAUCCAGCAGCUCGAAAAGUCGUCUUGCAGUUCUGUCCCAAGGAUCUGCCAGGCCUCACCGCAGCACAACAGCUGAAGCUCCUCAAGCUGGUGGGCCCGCGUUACAACCCAGACACAGAAAUUGUCAAAAUGUCAUGCGAGAAUUUCGAGGCACCUGCACAGAACAAGCGUCACCUAGCUGAUCUUGUGACCUCGUUGAUCGAUGAAGCCAAGAAUGGAAAGGAUACCCUUGAGGAUAUCCCACUUGACCUGCGACAUCAUAGGUCCAAGAAAGUCGCAAAGUUCCCGCAGGAGUGGAAACUCGACACAGAACGAGUUAAGCAACUGCUGAGCCAGAGAAAAGAGCAGCAAUUGCUGCAGGAGUCCGAGGGCACGAAAGUGCUGGACGGAAGAGAAUACGUGUAUAAACAGGUUGAGGCUGCCCGGCAGCAGCGUGUACAGCAGCCAGUCCGCACUCUGAAUUAUUAGACGAACCUCAUCUCUUGACUUUCCUGGUCACGAGUCUGUAUUCCGAACAAUUUUCAACUUU